AUGACUAUUGAUAAUGAAUCAGCUAAUAUUGAAGUUCGAUGUAUCCCAGACAAUCCAUACGUCAUAUCUGGCGUCUUGAACACAAAAAAGGUUCGUUUCGAAAUCGAAACAAAAGGCAAAGGAGAAACAAUCAAACGAACACCACUCAAUUUAGUACUUAUUCUUGAUCGUAGUGGAUCGAUGGAAGCUGAUAACAAAUUAACAUUUGCCAAACAAGCAGUUGUUUCUGUUCUUAAUCUUCUUCACGAUGAUGAUAUAGUUCAUCUUGUUGCAUAUGAUGCUGAUGUAUCCAUCAUUUUUGAAAAUGCACGAGCAUCUACUCGUCAAUUUCUUUAUUCUACUGUAGACAAAAUUGAAACUGCUGGUUCAACAAACAUGUCUGGUGCUAUUGAAGUAGCUGCUAGUCUCCUCGAGAAAUAUGUUUAUAAUGGAUAUUCACGUCGUAUGUUCCUCUUUUCUGAUGGACAAGCUAAUGUUGGAAUGAAAACACGAGCUGAAUUAACAAAUCUUGUCGCUGGAUAUAAUAAUAAAGGCAUUAUAACUGAUUCAUUCGGUAUUGGUGCUGAUUUUGAUACUGAAAUUAUGAAAGGUAUUGCUGAUGCUGGAGGAUCAAGAUUUGUAUUUCUUGAAUCAGCUCAAGUGAUUGAAUCAUUAGUUACUAAAGUUCUUGUAAAUGUCUUUGGUAUAUGUGGAUCAGCAGCUCGUCUUAUUGUACGUGGUAAAAAUGGAGCUGUUGUUACAAAGAUAUGGGGUCAUGAAAAUAUUGCUGCUGGUGCAAGUCUUGGUGAACUUUAUUUCGAUAAUCGACGAUCAGUUCUUUGUGAAUUUACAACUUCUGGUACAGCAGUUGCUGGUGAAAAUGAAAUCGAAACACUUACAUAUGAAUUACGAUACACUCGACCAAAUGAUCCUACUGGUGAACCUACGGUGAUUAAAAAUACAUUAUCAUUAAAACUUGUAGAAGAUGAAUCACUUGUUAUGGAGAUUGAUCCUCGUGUAAAAAUCAUGUGUGCUACUCAAACGGCUGCUGAUAUGGAUAAAAAAGUCGCUGAAUUAGUGAAAGAUGGCAAAAGAAAAGAAGCUAUGGAUCUUGUUACUGAAAAAAUUGCAUUACUUAAAGAUGUUGAACAAUUUGACGAUGAAAGAGGAACCAUUUCAUUAAUACUUCGACUAGCUGAAAAUAUGCACAAUAAGUUUAAAGAUGAAACCGUCGAUAAGGAACUCAUUUGUCGAGGAUACGAACAUCAAGCUUAUUUAUUAGAAGAGGAUGAUGAUCAAGGGUUCGCUCUGUUCGCUUAA